UCACCCAAUAACCUUACCACGAACCACGUGAUCCACAAAACAUAACUGAAACGUAAGAAAAACUGUAUCGUAACUACCUAAACCAUUACGAGAAAAGCCCUCCUCUCUCCGGUGCGCUUUCUUCAUCUUCAGGCCGUUUAAAUUCGAAACCCUAAUUUCGCCAAUCCAAUGGACCACACGUCAUCGUUUUCUGACCACAAACUAUGCGGUUACCUCUGUGCAGUUCUCACAGUUGAUUCCCCUCGCUCUAACCUCAAACAAACCAUACCUUUCAACACUCCAUGUCACAUCUUCUAUGACGGAUCUGAAACGGGUUUCAGAUCCGAAAACGGCGUAGUUUUCUCCCUAGUUGACACCAAACUUCCCGAGCACGGCGGCAUUUCGAAGGGGAAUUCGAGUGCAGGUUCAAAUCGGAGGCUGAGGAGGAUGGGAUUAGUUAAUGGGAGCAUGAGUGUGGUGCACCAGCUGCAGUCGUUGGUGAAUCAGAAGUGUGUGAAGAUCGACGCGCGAGUGAUGCGUGUGGAGAUUGGAGAAAAUCAGGAAGCCAGAGCUGUCGUGCUUGUGGAUGUGUAUUUGCCGAUUGCCGUGUGGUCCGGUUGGCAGUUUCCGAAGUCCGGCUCGGUUGCCGGUGCUAUGUUCAGACAUUUGAGUUGUGAUUGGGCGCAUAGAAAGGCAAUGCUUGUUGAUAGUGGUGAAUAUUGUAAAGAUUCAAAUGGAAGUAGAAUUUGGAAUAUUUCUGAUUGCCAUGUUCUCCACUGCAAUUUGCACUGUGGUGCCCAGGAUUCCUCUAAGAAAAGGCUUUUUGAACUGCAUGAAGUUUUUAAGAGCUUGCCUAGUGUAUCAAAUAGGGGUAAGCUUGAUUCUUCUAGAGUAAAACCAGAGGUUGAUUCUUGCAGCUCUGGCAUGUCAGAUGUGACAAAUGAUAUUCUGCUUUCUAUACUAACUCGGCUUGGUCCAAUGGACCUGGUCAAGGUUGCUGCAACUUGUCGCCAUUUAAGAACCUUAGCUGCAUCAAUUAUGCCAUGUAUGAAACUCAGGCUUUUUCCUCAUCAGCAGGCUGCAGUUGAGUGGAUGUUGCACCGGGAGCGGAAUUCUGAAGUUCUCCAACAUCCUCUGUACAUGGAUUUCUUGACUGAAGAUGGGUUUCCUUUCUAUGUUAAUGCUGUUUCUGGUGAUAUAGUUACUGCUUUAGUCCCCACUAUCAGAGAUUUUCGUGGGGGAAUGUUCUGUGAUGAACCUGGACUAGGUAAGACUAUAACUGCUCUUUCUCUUAUUCUGAAGACGCAAGGAACACUGGCUGACCCUCCAGAUGGAGUUCAAAUUAUCUGGUGCACUCAUAAUGGUGACAAGAGGUGUGGGUAUUAUGACCUUAGUGGUGAUAAAUUCACCUGUAACAAUAUGUUUGUAGGGAAAAGACUUGUGUAUCAGAAUGCUUGCAGGGGAAAAUUUUCUUUAGAUAAAUUUACUUCCAUGGAAGAUUUAAAAUACCCAUUCCCUAAAAGACCUAGGUUAAUGGAUCCAGGCAAGCAAAUUGAGAGAGUUGGUUCUUUUCCUGGUAUAGUAAUGAAUACACCAUCAGAUGCAAACUCUGAACCUGCUUCGCGUUUAGUUAGGUGCACAAGGAGCUUGGGUCGAAUAAGGAAGAACCUUUUUCAUGCUUAUGAUGUAGAGUCUAGUUAUUCUGACUAUAGCAGGACUAAAACAAAGUCAUCCACAAAGAAGCGUGCUAAUCACCCUAACCAUGUCUCUCAGAGAUCUCAAAUUGGUUUAUCAUAUCUAGUGUCGAACAAUUGCAAGAGGGCUGACAAGGCUAAUGCUGACCAUUUUGUAUUUAAUGAAACUUGGGUUCAGUGUGAUGCCUGUCAUAAGUGGAGAAAGGUUGAAGAUGCAAGUGUUACUGAUGCUACAGCAGCAUGGUUUUGUAGUAUGAACACAGACCUUACACAUCAGAGUUGUAGGGAUCCAGAAGAAGCUUGGGAUAAUUGCCAGUCUAUCACAUACCUGCCAGGAUUUCACAUUAAAGGAACUUCUGGCGGAAAAAAGCAAAAUGUGUCAUUUUUUAUCAGUGUGCUUAAGGAACACUAUGCCCUGAUAAAUUCUAAAACUAAGAAAGCGUUAACUUGGCUGACUAAACUUUCUCCAGAAAAACUUGCUGAAAUGGAAACAAUUGGUUUGACAAGUCCAAUUUUAGGUGAGGGAGAUGCCCAAGGGUUCCGUAAAAUAUUUCAAGCAUUUGGUCUUGUGAGGAGAAUGGAAAAGGGUACUAGUAGGUGGUAUUAUCCACGGACUCUUGAAAACUUGGCAUUUGAUUUGGAUGCUCUUAGAAUUGCUCUCUGUGAACCACUAGAUUCGGUCAGGUUAUAUUUAUCAAGGGCAACUCUAGUGGUUGUUCCUCCUUAUUUAGUUGACCACUGGAAAACCCAAAUCCAGAAACAUGUCAGACCUGGACAGUUGCGGCUUUUUGUUUGGACUGAUCAUAAAAAGCCUUCUGCUCACAGUCUAGCUUGGGACUAUGAUAUUGUUAUCACUACCUUUAACCGUUUAAGUGCAGAAUGGGGGCCCCGCAAGAAAAGUCCAAUGAUGCAAGUGCAUUGGCUUAGGGUCAUGUUAGAUGAAGGACACACCCUUGGGUCAAGUCUUAACUUGACAAACAAAUUGCAAAUGGCUGUUUCAUUGACUGCUUCAAAUCGUUGGCUAUUAACUGGAACCCCUACUCCAAACACUCCGAAUAGUCAGUUAUCUCAUCUUCAACCAAUGCUGAAGUUCCUUCAUGAAGAAGCAUAUGGAAAUAAUCAUAAGUCAUGGGAGGCUGGCAUUCUUAGGCCAUUUGAGCUAGAAAUGGAGGAGGGUCGAUCACGUUUGUUUCAGUUGCUCCAUAGGUGCAUGAUUAGUGCUAGAAAGAUAGAUUUGCAAACUAUUCCUCCAUGCAUCAAGGUGGUAACAUUUCUGGAUUUCAAUGAGGAGCAUGCAAAAAGCUAUAAUGAACUGGUAGUUACAGUACGACGCAAUAUAUUAAUGGCUGACUGGAAUGAUCCUUCCCAUGUUGAAAGUUUACUGAAUCCAAAGCAGUGGAAAUUUCGAAUUACUACCAUUAAGAAUGUGAGGUUAUCAUGCUGUGUAGCUGGACACAUUAAAGUAACAGAUGCUGGCGAGGAUAUUCAAGAAACAAUGGAUAUGUUAGUUGAAAAUGGUCUUGAUCCUGCUUCAGAGGAAUAUGCUUUCAUUAAAUAUAACCUCCUCUAUGGAGGUAACUGUCUCAGAUGCAAGGAAUGGUGCCGUCUACCAGUCAUUACCCCUUGUAGGCAUCUUUUGUGCCUUGGUUGUGUUGCAUUGGACAGCGAAAGGUGUACUUUCCCCGGCUGUGGUAACUUAUAUGAGAUGCAGUCUCCUGAAAUAUUAACCCGCCCUGAAAACCCCAACCCAAAGUGGCCUGUCCCAAAAGAUCUUAUUGAGUUACAACCUUCGUAUAGGCAGGAUGACUGGAAUCCUGAUUGGCAAUCAACUUCUAGCAGUAAAGUCACAUAUCUAGUAGAGAAGUUGAAAACAUUACAGGAGGUUGAUAGAGAGAGUGAUAAUCCUAUGGAUGAAGAUAAUUGCAUCAACCACGCCAAGGAGCUAGUUUGUCCACCUCAGAAGAGCAAUUUGAGUGUAUUGUUGGAGCAGGAUUCCUAUAGACCAAGUGUGGAGUCUUACAAGGCACUACCAGAGAAGGUUAUUAUAUUUUCUCAGUUUCUGGAGCAUAUACAUGUGAUUGAGCAGCAGUUAACAAUUGCUGGUAUCAAAUUUGCUGGUAUGUAUAGUCCGAUGCAUUCUAGCAACAAGAUUAAGUCACUGGCCACAUUCCAGCACGAUCAUAGCUGUCUGGCUCUUUUAAUGGAUGGAAGUGCUGCAUUGGGUCUUGAUUUGAGCUUUGUAACUCAUGUUUUUUUAAUGGAACCGAUCUGGGACAGAAGCAUGGAAGAACAAGUCAUUAGUCGUGCUCAUCGGAUGGGUGCUAGUCGUCCAAUUCACGUAGAAACUCUAGCAAUGCGUGGUACGAUUGAAGAACAAAUGCUGAAAUUCUUGCAGGAUACUGAUAAAUGUAGAAGAUUCUUGAAAGAAGAUUUUGGAAAACCUGAUCGUGAAGGGACACGUUCUCAUCGUACACUUCAUGAUUUAGCUGAGAGCAAUUAUUUGGCUCAGCUCAGUUUUGUGCGGACAAAUUCAUAAACAAAGGAAUUUAUACUCUAAGUUGGAAUCAAGUUGAAGGUUGGUCCUCUUCCUCAAAAAUUAAAGGGAAGGAGCUUCCAGUUCAAGUUCCAAGUUUUAAAUGGAAUACUUGGAUUUAAUCUGGGUUGUUUCCAAUCCCAGCCAUGGUGCCUUAAUUGAUUAGAAAAUCUGGUUGUUACACAGGAUCCAUUGUUCGUGGUGCUGUAAUCAGUAGUGGAUCACCAUCACGAAGGAGAAGGAAAAAGCGUGGACAGAAGGGAUAAAAUGGUACUUUCUACUCAACAAGCAGGGGACAAGUGGCAUCCUUGGAAGGACAGGUGGCAUCCUUGGAUUGGAAUGGGAAUAAUUCUGUUAGAAUGAAGUUGGGCGUAAAAAGGGUGACAGGGGAUAUUUGUGGGGUAUUAGAGAAAAAGGGGAAAUUGGGACUGGGGAGGUACUGGCCCUCGAAGCCAGCAGAUUAUUGUUUUUGUGUUCUUCGUCUGUUGUGGAAAAUCAGCCUUGUUAUUCUCUAUUCAUCUUUUCUUUUACAUUUUUGAUACUCUUGAGAAAGUUGUACUGAACCCUUGAUUAUUAAUACACUUAUUGAGAAUAUUCAGAUUGA